CACCAUAUCAGCGACGCUCGAAGAACCCCACGUUAUCACGAUCCCGGUCCUCCGGCCUUCCAUACCGUACACGCAUCAUGGCCACCCGUCGAGGUGUCGGCAUUGGCGCCUUCGCCAACCGCAACCAAACCAGCCAGUCCUAUGCCAACCACGGAGCCACCCUUCGAUCCGCGCAUCUCGCUUCCCUACAGACUCAGCUCUCCGUCUUCCAAUCCCUGCUCCACACCUUCGCCAUCGAGCAUGGCUCGAAGAUCAAAUCCAACCCGACCUUCCGAGCAGAGUUCGCUCGCAUGUGCAACGCGAUCGGAGUGGACCCUCUAGCCGGUAGCAAUGUCAAGGGCAAAAACUCCCGCAAAGGGCAAGGCGAGAAUGCCAGCUUCUGGACCCAGAUCAUGGGCGGGGACAUGAAUGACUUCUACUUUGAGGUUGCGGUGCGGGUUGUGGAGCUCUGCCGUGAAACUCGGAGCGAGAACGGGGGCUUGAUCGGGGUAGAGGAAUGUCGGAAACGAGUCGGCAAGGGCAAGGCCAUUGGGAGUGGACUGGAGGUGACCGAUGACGAUGUCCUUCGUGCUGUCAAGUCACUUGAGCCGCUGGGCUCGGGUCUCGCCAUCAUCCGUGUCGGAAGCAAACAGUAUAUCCGCUCGGUUCCCAAGGAGCUCAAUACGGAUCAGUCAACAGUGCUGGAGGUUAUUCAGGUCUUGGGAUACGUGAGCAUCUCCAUGCUACGGGUCAAUCUGAAGUGGGAGGAGGCUCGGGCGCAAACGGUCGUCGAUGAUCUCCUUGCAGAUGGUCUGGUCUGGCUAGAUGCACAAGGAGAGGAGAAUGAGUAUUGGUCGCCACAGAACCUCUUAGACGAUAGCGGCUGAGAGCCGCCUGUGAAUCACGACCUGAUACGAGGCUUCAUCAUAGACACGCACUGUUUCCAUCUGGUUUUGAUGAUCUGACACAGAACCUGCGGGCAAGUACCCACGGUGUCACGUCCAGUGGCGCUGCACGAACACGAAGUGCAUGCCCAGGAAACCAUAUCACGGGUUCGGCACUAUCACCAGGCCGGAUAACUAGGAAGUGUGCUCAUUCUGAAAAAAAAGGGUACUUCACGUCAAGGCCCGCCAAUAUGUAUAUAUCUCGGGCCCGGAGCGUAGACUGGGCAGGAUAAGACACGCCGAGC